AUGUUUUUAUUUAUCUUUUUCGCAACCAUAUGUCGAAUCGGUGUGGCAUCUCCUAGCAGACAUGAAACAGACGACUUAGAUGUGGAUAAUAACUACUCUGAUGCAAAUUAUUCGCCUAGAUCAAGCUACGCUAAUGCUGGGGCUGGUAGCUACGCUAGCAGUGGUGCAGUUAGUUAUGGGGAAGCAAUAGGCUAUGGCAAUGGAGGAGGAGUAGCGGGGGCAACUGGAGGGGACUCAGUUAGAGGUGAUGUAGCCUAUGCACCCGCCCAUGGAGGCGGAGGUGCUGGUGCCUAUGGAGGUGGAAGUGCAGGUGCAUAUGGCGGCGGAAGUGCAGGUGCCUAUGGCGGUGGAAGUGCAGGUGCCUAUGGCGGUGGAAGUGCAGGUGCCUAUGGCGGUGGUGGUGCUGGGGCCUAUGGCGGUGGUGGUGCCGGUGCCUAUGGCGGUGGUGGUGCAGGUGCCUAUGGCGGUGGUGGUGCAGUUGCCUAUGGCGGUGGUGGUGCUAGUGCCUAUGGCGGUGGUGGUGCAGGUGCCUAUGGCGGUGGUGGUGCAGGUGCCUAUGGCGGUGGUGGUGCAGUUGCCUAUGGCGGUGGUGGUGCUAGUGCCUAUGGCGGUGGUGGUGCAGGUGCCUAUGGCGGUGGUGGUGCAGGUGCCUAUGGCGGUGGUGGUGGAGGUGCCUAUGGCGGUGGUGGUGCUGGUGCCUAUGGCGGUGGUGGUGCAGGUGCCUAUGGCGGUGGUGGUGCAGGUGCCUAUGGCGGUGGUGGUGCGGGUGCCUAUGGCGGCGGAACUGCUGGUGCUUAUGGCGGUGGAGGUGCUGGCGCCUAUGGCGGUGGAGGUGCUGGCGCUUAUGGCGGUGGAGGUGCUGGCGCCUAUGGCGGUGGAGGUGCUGGCGCUUAUGGUAGUGGAGGUGCUGGGGCCUAUGGUGGGGGAAAUGCUGUUGGUUAUGGUAGUGGAGGUGCUGGGGCCUAUGGUGAGGGAAAUGCUGUUGGUUAUGGUAGUGGACUUGCUGGGGCUGGUGGAUAUGGUGGCGGUGCUGGCAGUUCUAGUUUUGUUGGAGGUGGUGUCACUAGUUUUGGUGGAGCUACAGCUUCCAGUUUAUCUUCGAGCUACGCUGGUGCCGAAGCAGCUGCUUAUUCAAGUUUUGUGUAA